CUUCAACUUCAGUGACCCACGCACCUGAAACCCACGUCCUAAUUUGAGGACUUCACCAGCCAAGGUUUCUAUCAACUUAUCAAGACUAUGACUUCACACGGCCAUCACUCAAGGUCCACAACCAGCUUGCAUGGCGACGGCCAUGGUGAAAGACAUCACAGAAGCAGCGGCAGAGAAUCCAAGGGCAGCAAAUCAGGAUCGAAGAGAGGCACCACAGCCCCAAACUCGCAGAUACCACCCGAGCCUGUGUCAUUCCUGUUCGCAGUGAACGAGUUCACAUUUUCCUUUGACGACAACUCUCCGACUCCUAGGGACCAGUGGAACAACAUCCUGCCGCCAGUCACCGGAAAUAGCUAUCACAGUGCCCCCCAAGUGCCUGUCUUCCGCUACACCGACGGAAACAUCACGCUUGCGGCAGAUUAUUCUUGGUGGAGAUCAGAAGCAGGUCAGCCUGGCGGUAUCUACAGACACGUAUCUGGACAUUACAUGGGCCAUGCUAUGGACUACAUGGUACACAGUAUAGUCUCCUGCUCCGAGUCACCAUGCCUGCCUUUUCUUGUCUCUGAAGGAGAUGCGUCACUCUCGAACAGUUGCAUGCAUUUGACCGGUUGUCACUGUCACGAACUGCCAGGAGACAACGAGCUGAUCCAUUGGAGGCUACUGCACUUCGACCACAAAGAUGGCGUUUCGCAAGCGAACGCGGGAUAUUACGGACAUUCAUAUGUCGCCGGCAGAAAACCGUCCUGGAUGCCAGCUUUGGUGCCCAAGGUGUUCGAAAACCCAAAGGGAUCCCAAGUUCCAUCGCGGGGCCUCUCCGGGGACGUGUCUAUCGUGAUAGGCCUGAUGGCUUUCCACAGUCCUCCCGGCAAUCCGAACCGAGUAUUCGAGGACCAGUUGUGGUGGCAAAACACAUGGCUAGGACCUCGUUCAAGACCAGCGUAUUAUACCUCUCCGGGCGUCAACCAGACCCAAGGAGGCGACCCUUCACCUAGGGGCUUUCUUAUCCAUGUAUGCUUUGAUAUCGACCCAGCAACAACACCCCCUGAUGAUAUCCCCAUGGAGCGCAUGAGACACAGUGAUAACCUCUCACGUUUUGCAGCUGAAGAAGCGUGGGUAUGGGACACAGUCAGUAGUCACUGAUCGGUAAUAUCGGUCGGUGACUAACAUGGGGCACUUUACGCAUGUCAUGAUCUUUCUUUUCCUUCACAGGUAUUGCCCUUCUCUUUCUCUUUCUUUUUUGUUUGUUGACAAGUCGGCACUGUUUGCAUUUUGGUAUUACCCCCGUCUGUUGCAUCGACUUGUAUACCUCUCGCUGGUUGAGGAUGGAUAUUGGUCGUCUUUGUUUACUUUACCCCUGAUUCCUGUAUCAGCCAGUCUUGUACUCUUUCCCCACCUCUGCCGUAAUGUUAGCCAGGAGUUGGGCUUGGACAAAGAGGGCUGGCCGCUCAUCCAACCAAUGUUCGGG